GGAAGGAGAGAGCUAUUGCUAGCGCCGCGGUGGGAUUGCGUCCAGGCUGGAAUUAACCUCCGCCUGCACCGGAGGCCUUGUCCUGAGGCCACCGCAGUGGACCACUCCGCGAGAUAUCCGAAUUGUCCAAGGAACCUACUCUUUGCUUUCUUGCUAUCCUAAGAGUUUGAACCCCUCGCUCCAACCCCGGGUUGCUUAGUGUCAGGCCCACUUUGCAGAUUGCUCAUUUAUACUGAGGACCUGCUCCGUGUCUAGAAACUGUGGGGAGGAGGGAGAGGACAUGGAUGUAUAUAAAGAUGAAUGAGACGGUUCCUGAAAUGGUAGGACUGAGCCUCGGCCUCACUAUGUGCAUAAGGAGACUUUUCCAAUCCUCCUGUCUUCAGUGGGCACGGAGGGCAGCCAUCCUGGGCCCUAUCCAGUGCAGGCAUCAGGGAGCACACCGAUGGACACAUUCUGGACGUGGUGUCUACAGAGCAGUGAUUUUCGACAUGGGUGGAGUUCUCAUUCCCUCUCCAGGGAGAGUGGCUGCAGAAUGGGAGGUACAGAAUCAUAUCCCCUCCGGAACUGUACUGAAGGCCUUAAUAGAAGGUGGUGAAACUGGGCCCUGGGUGAGAUUUAUGAGAGGAGAAGUAACAACUGAGGCUUUCUUACAAGAAUUUGGGAGACUUUGCUCUGAAUUAUCAGAGACCUCCGUGCCUGUGGACUCCUUUUUCUCUUUGCUGACCAGUAAGCGAGUGGCAAAGCAGUUCCCGGUGAUGACUGAGGCCAUCUCUCACAUUCGGGCAAAAGGCCUUCAAACUGCAGUCUUGAGCAACAAUUUUUAUCUUUCCAAUGGGAAAAGCUUUUUGCCCCUGGACCGGAAACAGUUUGAUGUGGUGGUGGAGUCCUGCAUGGAAGGCAUCUGUAAGCCAGACCCUAGAAUAUACCAGUUGUGCUUGGAGCGGCUCGGCCUGCAGCCUUCCGAAUCCAUCCUUCUGGAUGACCUUGGACCAAAUUUAAAAGCAGCUGCCAGCCUUGGCAUUCACACCAUCAAGGUUGAUGAUCCAGAAACUGCAGUGAAGGAAUUGGAAACUCUUCUGGGUUUUCCCUUGCGCAAGGGGAUUCCCAACACUCGCCCUGUGAGGAAGACCAUGGAAAUCCCAAAGGAUGCCUUGGAGAAGUACCUCAAAGAUGUGCUGCGGCUCCGAGCCACAGGCCCUUUGGAACUCCUUCAGUUUGAUCAUGGACAGUCAAAUCCCACUUACUACAUCAGGCUGGCUGAUCGUCAGCUGGUUCUGAGGAAGAAACCCCCUGGGACACUCCUUCCAUCUGCUCAUGCAAUAGAGAGAGAGUUCAGGAUAAUGAAAGCCCUUGAAAAUGUUGGAGUACCUGUCCCCACAGUCCUUGACUUCUGUGACGAUUCAAGUGUCAUUGGCACCCCCUUCUACUUGAUGGAGUACUGCCCAGGCCUUAUCUACAAAGACCCCUCCCUGCCAGGCUUGGAACCCAGCCAGAGACGAGCCAUAUACUCUGCCAUGAACAGAGUGCUGUGUCAGAUUCACAGUGUGGACCUGCAGGCUGCUGGCCUGGACAGCUAUGGGAAGCAAGGGGACUACCUUCCCCGCCAGGUGCAGACCUGGACCAAGCAGUACCGAGCUGCAGAAACCAGCACCAUCCCGGCAAUGGAGAGGCUCAUCCAUUGGCUGCCACUCCAUCUUCCCAAACAACAGAGGACCACGGUGGUGCAUGGGGACUUCAGGCUUGACAAUCUGCUGUUUCAUCCAGAGAAGGCUCAGGUGCUUGCUGUCCUGGACUGGGAACUUUCCACCUUAGGUGACCCCCUUGCUGAUGUGGCCUACAGCUGCCUGGCCCACUACCUGCCGUCCAGUUUUCCCUUGCUGAGAGGGUUUGGUGACCUGGACUUGACGCAACUGGGAAUCCCCAGUGCGGAGGAGUACUUCAGGAUGUACUGUCUUCAUAUGGAUGUCCCUCCCAUUGAGAACUGGAGCUUCUACAUGGCCUUCUCCUUUUUCCGUGUGGCUGCAAUCCUCCAGGGAGUGUACAAGCGCUCGCUCACAGGACAGGCGAGCUCAGCAAUGGCCAAACAAAGCGGGAAGCUGACUGAAUUCAUGUCUGACCUGGCCUGGGACUUUGCAACCAAAGAAGGAUUCCGGAUUUUCAAAGACACGCCAGCCAGCAAACCAUCAACCCGGUCCUAUUGUACCUGGGCUACUCCACAGUCACUGCUGAGCCCCACAGGCACGAGGAGGUACAGCUCUUUUCUAGAGGCUUCCCCAGCUCAUGUCUCAAAGGGAGCUUUGGUCAUCUCUCCAGAGGGCCUCUCCCCACGUGUCAGAGAGCUGUAUGACCGGCUGCAGCGGUUUAUGGAGCAGCGUGUGUACCCCAUAGAGCCAGAGCUGCAGAGACACCAGGCCUCCGCAGACAGAUGGAGCCCUUCGCCACUCAUAGAAGACCUCAAAGAAAAAGCCAAGGCUGAAGGACUUUGGAACCUUUUCCUACCCUUGGAGAGUGAUCCUGAGAAAAAGUAUGGAGCAGGACUGACUAACGUGGAGUACGCGCAUCUGUGUGAAGUCAUGGGCAUGUCUCUGUAUGCUCCCGAGAUAUUCAACUGCUCUGCUCCAGACACAGGGAACAUGGAGCUCCUGGUGCGCUAUGGCACUCAGCAGCAGAAGGCCCGCUGGCUGACCCCGCUCCUGGAGGGCAAGGCCCGCUCCUGUUUUGCUAUGACAGAGCCCCAGGUUGCCUCCUCAGAUGCCACCAACAUCGAGGCUUCCAUCAUAGAGGAGGACGGCUUCUACAUCAUAAAUGGUCACAAGUGGUGGAUCUCAGGCAUCCUGGAUCCUCGCUGCCAACUCUGCAUGUUUAUGGGAAAAACAGACCCACAGGCUCCAAGGCACCAACAGCAGUCCAUACUCUUGGUUCCCAUGGAUACUCCGGGGAUCAAGGUCAUCCGGCCUCUGACUGUAUAUGGGCUGGAGGACGCUCCAGGUGGCCAUGGUGAAGUCCUAUUCAAGCAUGUGCGUGUGCCCAAGGAGAACAUAGUCCUGGGCCCUGGACGUGGCUUUGAGAUUGCCCAGGGCAGGCUAGGGCCUGGCCGGAUCCAUCACUGCAUGAGGCUGAUUGGGUUCUCAGAGAGGGCCUUGGCUCUCAUGAAGGCCCGCGUGAAGACCCGCGUGGCCUUCGGGAAGCCCCUGGUAGAGCAGGGCACUAUCCUGGCAAACAUCGCCCAGUCACGUGUGGAGAUCGAGCAGGCUCGGCUGCUGGUGCUGAAAGCUGCCCACCUCAUGGAUGUGGCAGGAAAUAAGGCUGCAGCUCUGGAUAUUGCCAUGAUUAAAAUGGUGGCCCCAUCCAUGGCCUAUCGAGUGAUUGAUCGUGCCAUUCAGGCCUUUGGAGCAGCUGGCCUGAGCAGCGACUACCCCCUGGCUCAGUUCUUUGCCUGGGCCCGAGCACUGCGCUUUGCCGAUGGUCCUGAUGAGGUACACCAGGUAACAGUGGCCAAGAUGGAGUUGAAGCAUCGCACCUAGACCCAUGGAACUACAGGAGCCAGCAUCCCUGCUGGUCAGCCAUGCCAGACUGUAAAUAGUGUGCUGGGAAAGGCCUGGUGUGUGAUCCUGACACCCCACCCAGCACUUGCUGGGACAGUCAGCCUUUCUGAGUCCCCACAGAAGCCAUUUCUGUGUGAAUUUGUGGUUCAGACAUGGAGGAGGAUCCAUGGGCUGAGCGAUACAGAGCCAGGAAAGCUGGUCUUCAGUCUCUCUAGCUGGCUUUGGUCCCCCUCUCUCCCUGGCUGUAGGAAUCUGGGCACAUUAGGAACUGGGGUCCUGUACUGUGCUCAGUCCAGAAACAGUGUGCCUUCUGUGCUAGGAGCCUCCCUGAAGGCAGAAGGACAGGCUUGAUGGGCAGCCAGGGCCAUAGCCAAUGCUCCUGGGAAAAUGGAGUGAAACCCAAAUGGUGACUCCAUUGGCGCAUCACAGAGCACUCAUUAACAGACUAUUUUGAGAAGUGGCUUUAGGCACAUAAAAGAGCAAGAAGGAUACUUUGUUAACUUUCUGUGUCACAUGAAAGGCACAGAGAAUAAAGGCUCCUCAGCCCCUGCAUCUCAGGACACUGAUUGCUUCCUCUUACCUGUGUUCCUUCAGCCCCUCCCUGAUGCAC